AUGUUGGCAGUAAUUGGUCAGACUCAAGACAUCGUCCUACCAUGCAAAUUGGAUCAUCCUAUGGAUGUCGUGGAUGAGAUGGUAGAGUGGUCAAGAUCUGACCUGAAUCCCAGAUUUGUCCACGUGUGGCGGUCAGGUGAAGAUCAUCUGGUUGGCCAAAACCCAUCCUACAAGAACAGAACGUCAGUGUCCACUGAGAAACUGAAAACAGGAGAUGUAUCACUGAAAAUUACCAAAGUGAGACUGUCAGAUGAAGGAACAUACAGGUGCUUCAUUCCAGGACUGAAUGCAAAUUUUAGUGUUGAACUUGUUGUCGAAGCUGAUAUUGAAAUAACAGAGGUCAGCCCUGGAGUGCUAGAAUGUAAAUCCAAAGGCUGGUAUCCAGAGCCGGAGGUGUUUUGGCUGGAGAACAAGGGAAAGAUCAUCUCUGCUGGGUCUAAAGAGAUGUUGAGAGGUCCUGAUGACCUCUAUGUCCUCAGCAGCAGACUGACUCUGGAAAAAGGACACAGCAACAAUAUCACCUGUAGAAUCCAACAAAACAACCAGUACAGAGAAGCCAAGAUCCAUGUUCCAGGUUAA